GAGGCGAACAGGCCUGAUAUUCCCACUCAGCAGCACGACAGCGUCAGCUCACGCUGACACACGAACUGUGCGGGUGCGACACCACCCGAACGGACCAGGACGACUUUUCUCUUUAAUGGGAGGACUUUUUCACACCAGUGCCACGUUAGACGAAUAGAUCAUUUCAGAUGAAAAGAAAAGAAAUGCUUUGCUUACGUGACUCAGGUGACUGCUUACGAGAGCAGAUGCAGUAUAUGAUGAGAUCACUGCAGGAUCUGAAGCAACUGCGGAAAGCCUGUCCUGCGACCAGGCAACCCCUCGCCCCCCUUGGUGCCCAGCUCCCAGCCUUAGCACGCCACUCUGCAGUGGCACGUGCUUGUCAGCAGCGAGCACUGCAACGAGAGCAGCGAGCACGUCUGCGGAUGUCCGAAGCCAGCACAGCAAGCACCUACGACUCUGCCUGCUGCCUGGCCAGCCCUCUGGAGGAGGAAGAAGAGGAAGAUGACUCAAGCAGUCGACUGGGCCUGAGCCUCAGGAUGGACUUGCGGUCUCCCAGCAGUCAGAAAAGUUUGGAGUUUGAUUCAGGCUACUCUGAGGCAUCCUGGCAAGAUGAUGGCAUAGUUCUCAGGAGGACAAGGAAUGUGCGUGUGUCGUCCUCAGCUUGCCUGCGCACAAACAGAGCGCAGAGCGGACGUAUUAGACCCAAAUCCACAUCUGAUGCUUGUCUGGAGACGUGGACAUCAUUUGAGGUCAGUGACCCAGAGGACUGGACAAACUCUUUAUUAACCAGAGGACGCAACCGCCAGCCUCUGGUUCUGGGAGACAACAGUUUUGCAGACCUCAUACAGAACUGGAUGGACUUGCCAGAUUGUCCUGAACCGACUGAGCUGAAGCCAAAUUCAAGACAAAGACUGGGCAGAGGCUUCUUUGUCAACAUGAGGAGGAAACUGUCCGGAUUUUCUAAAAGUGUGGAGGACAGAGUGAGAAUGAGAUCAAAAGACUCUUCUCACGUUAAUAGAACUGCCAAUGCUCAAAAACGUCUGUCUUGUCCCGUCGUGGCAUCACAGCCUAAAGUCCCCUUUUUCCACCAGUCCCACUCAUGCAUUAACAAACUGGACACAGACUUCUACCACUUUACGGCCCUCAUGAAGUCAGGCAGCCGACAGCCAAUAAUAUGCAAAGAUAUUAUUGGCUACAUCUGAUACUGGACAGUCCUCAGAGUCACUUUAUUUUUUAUAUGACUAUUCUUUUUAUCUUUGUUAUGUUUUAUAUGCUGUUACCGAGCUAUUGGAAAUAAAGACGUUCUCAUGAUUUACACUAAACAAAACACUAUUUAUGUUCUUUUCAAUUUCUGCUUGUAACACAAAAAAAGUGUGUCAGUGUUAAAAUAUUUUAAAUUGCCAGAAUUAUUUAUACACUUGUGCACACCUUGUACACAUGUAAAUUAAGGUUCCAGCUGAGUUUCAUUCCAGUGAGGCACCUCCUCCUUACUGCAGGAUUGAUUAAAAGAGGCUAAACGGGGAUUCAUUUGUUUUCAUUAGAUGUUUAAUCCUCUCUGUUGUGGAUGAUAGAAUUUGUAGCUGCACAAUUCAGCAUAACUACUCUAUAAUAAAAGAGAUAAAUACAUCAGUUGUGCAGAUGUGGAUUCAGUGUGCUGCUGUGACUUUUGGGAGCCUUAAUGCUGGACAAGAAAGACACUUCCAGACCAGAACCAGAGGCUAUGUCAACACAGGGUGCUGUAUGCCUGAUGAGGUAAUUUCCCAUGUGUCUAUGCAGUUAGAGGGGAAAAGAGGCGAAGCAGCUGGCUGCAGAUGGAGCAGAAGUUUUCUCUCCCGUUUGCCUUGUGAAGCAUAACAUCUAGCUAACAGCACCCUGCCUCAUUUAACCUGGUCUCUGCUCUUUCUUGUGGAACCAACUCAACCACACACAUUGGCUAAUGGUUCAAUUAAUUCUGGGCUAGCUAAGGAAAGGAAGAACGGCAGACAGAAAGGAGUGGCACAUGGACUAAGAUAAGCUAAUGAUCACUUCACCUUUGCCUUUAAAAAUUCUCUUUGUUCAUUAAUUCAGGAGAGAAACCGUGCCGGACAGUAUAAAGAUAAACCAGGGAUUUCUCAUGCUCCCUGCUGCAACCAGCCUCACCAAUCAUGUCUGCUAUCAUGGAUAAUAGAAAUUCAAAAAGAGAGAUGGUUCUUCCAUGGUGCCGUAAGUCUGAGGCUUUGUCUGGACUGUUUACUAAGGUCCUAUGGUGGAAUGUCACUGAAGCUCGCUGGUGAGUGUGCGGCUGAGAUGGAAUGAAGUCUUCUCAAGAAACAGUCAAAACACUUGCAUGAUAGUAAAAGCUGGUGUGCGACAACUCAACAAACUUGAAGCAGAACAAGUGUGUAUUUACCUUUCAAUGUUUGUGUCUCUACCUUGAACUGAUUAGUUAUCACUAAAGGAGAAGGAUAAGAGAGCUCAGAAAAUAUGGAUCCAAAGAGCUUCUCAAUCUCAACUUAGCUUCAUGUACUCUGCAGAAUGCCUGGAUAUCGCUUGUACAGUAUAGUUUAUCUUGAAAUGUAAAGCACUAUACAAAAUGGGAAAAUAUAGCUGUGACAGACACAAAUCAGUAUUCAGAAACAUGAAAUGGAAUUGGUUGUGCAUGUGGAAGAAAUGAAA